AUGGCCAGAGCCGGGGGCGGCGGCGGCGGCGGCGGGGGCUGGUCCAGCAGACACCCCCAGUUUGCACGGGGGCGCCGGCUGCCCGCGCUGCUCCCAGCUCCGGGAAAGGGAGCUGCGAGCCCCCAACCCGGCGCCGGCGGCGUCCGCUCUGCGUCUCAACGAAUCCCGCCAGCACCCAGCGCCGCGCUGCUCUCACCGCCCGAGCCCUGCGCGGCGCUGGAGGUUCGCUGGGCGGUGGCGGGGCGGGACGGACAGCGCUCCUCUCCAAUGGGCGGGCGCCGGGGGCAGCGAGGGGCGGGGCCGUUCUGCCGCUGGCAGGGUCAGGCCCCCGCCCGCCGCCCUCCCUCUCCCCCCUCCCCCCCCCCUCCUUCCCUCCCUCCCGGAGCGCCCCGCCCGGCUUCCCGGCUCUCACUUUUCCUCCCACCCGGGUCGCGGCGCUCGGGGGCCAGGCGGGGAUGGAGCCGAGUUGCUCCCGCCGGGCCAGCCAGCCCCCUCCUCUCCCAGGGAACUCACAGGAGCAGACAGAAAAUGAACAGACAGAUGUACCUCACUGUGGUGAGGAAACAGAGUCCCGAGAAGGCUGAAUUCCAACUUUGGGAGGCAAUGAAGCUGUAUAAAGUAGGAUGCAUAAUGGUUAAAAGCUCAGGCUGUGGAAUCAGGCGGACCUGUCUUGGAAUUCAGCAAAAUGUAGCAUAGGAUGUUAGAACUACAAAGAACCUUUGAUAAUCAGCUAGUUCCUUGCCUAAUCAUUAUAGUAAAGUUAAUCAGCCAAUAACUA